AUUCAGUUUUAUUCUCAUGAAUUCGAUUGUUGUUUGGUUACUGGUUAUUUUGGAGGAAUAAGUGAUGUGGAUCUAGUGUUCGGACACAGGGAAGUGAUUGUGUCAAGGUUUUAUUUUUAGAGGAUGAUUCACAAGUCUGCACGGGGUGGACUUCCACACACAAGACUACAUUUCAUGUUGUAUAUAGUUGAAGCUACGUUUGGACAUGAGUGAUUGGUUGCAUUACAUUUAGUCUAACGAGGAGUCCUCUCUUUUGUCAACUGUGAGCAGAAUAGCAUGGCAUGAAAGAGCUCCUGGGGAGAAAAAUACUGCAAACUAGUCUUGCUUCAGCCUCUUGCUCCUUGCCCUUUCUCCCUCCAUCCCUGUGUGUGUGUGUGUGUGUGUGUGUCUCUCUCUCUGUCUGUCUCUCACUCUUUCCCUGUCGACCACAGUCUCUAUCUCUCUCUGGUUCUCUCACUGUCUCCCUCAGUGUCUCGUUCUCUGUCUGAGCUGAUCUUCUAUCUGGACACCAUGAUCCUAGUGGAUUUUUUUAUGUUAGCGGGUGCUCUCUCCUGGACGGCGGCGGGGGGCUCCUCCCCGGUCCCGUCCGUCCCCGGUCGAGUCCGGGCGCUGGCCGGGUCCUGUGCGGUGGUCCCCUGCUCCUUCACCCCCCUGGCUGCUCCCCUCGGGAGGGGCGGGGGCCGGGUGGAGGUCCGGCUGACGUUCACAGGAGGACGCCGCUUCCCUUCGAGGAGCACCGCCUUCAACAGCGAGGACCCCCGUCACGUGGCCGGGGAGUACCUCAGACGGACCUCCCUCCACGGGCGGAUCUCAGAGGGGGACUGCUCGCUGAGACUGGACCCGGUCCGCCUGCAGGACUCACGGGCCUUUGAGGUCGCCCUGAAGGGCCCGGAGGAGGGGUACUGGGGGACCCCGAGGGCCUUCACCCUGGAGGUCUCUGAACGCCCUGAGUCCCCCGUCAUCAGCGGGCCGGUUUCCGUCACCGAGGGACAGCCCGUCUCCCUGAACUGUACGGUGGGCUCCUUCUGCCCGUCCAGACCGCCCGUGCUGCGCUGGCACUGGGAGAGGGGAGCCCCGCCCAACCGCAGCAGCAGUGAUGGAGGGGGACAUCAGCUCCUCCUCCAACGCCAGCCCCACCGGCCCCUACUGCUCUCCUCGCUCUCCUUCACCGCCUCCUCCACGGAGAAGCCCAGAGUCCGGUGUGAGGCCGCCUACCCUGGAGGAGCCGUGGUGGGCGCGCUCAGGGAGGUCCACAUCACCUUCGCUCCCAGGGAGGUGAGGGUGGAGGUGCGCUCCCUGGUGGUGCAUGAGGGGGGCAGCGUGCUGCUGGAGUGUGCGUGUAAGGCCGACCCCCCUGUCACCACCUACCGCUGGUCCUACGUACUGCACGGCCACACCGUGGCCCUCGACACGCACACGCACGCCGCACGCAUCUACAACGCAACCAGAGGCACGCUGGUCCGCUGCUCGGCUCACAACCUGAUUGGUCGAGGGGAUUCCCGGCCCACGCCGUUGGACAUCCAAUACAAACCACUCAUCCUGCGCUCGCUCUCGUCCUGUUUGCUCGCGGAGUUUGAGGUCACAUGUGUUUGUAUCGUGAACUCGAACCCGCGGGCUGCGGUGAGGUGGAGUGUGAACGGGAGUGUGCCCUCUGGUGGGUACAACGUGUCGGUGGAGGGGGACUCGAGUGAAGUGAGGUCAUGGCUGCGCUGGCGGAUGGACGGAUGGCAAAGGGUCACAUGUCUGGCGGAGAACCAGCUGGGAGAUGACUCGCUGACCCUCAUGCAGCCCGGAGAAGUGAGCUCCCCCUGGUGGCUUGUGGCGGUAGUAGCGGUCUGUGUCCCUGCGUGCACCUCAUCUCUGCUGCUGCUGUACUGCUGCCGACGACGCAAGAGAGUACGGCGUGUGUUGAACAGACACCGCGGUGCAUAUCUCAGGGACAUGGCAGUCAAGACUCCGCUCUAUAUCAACUGCACGGAGGUGACACAUGUCUAUUGCAACGGCAGCUAUCAACUGGUUUACCAGAACGCCACGCCCCUCUUUGUACGCACCAAUCAGGCUCGGCCGAUAGGAAGAAGAGGAGGAGAGAGGCGCAUGCGAGCAAGAAGAGAGAGAGGAAGAAGAGAUAGAGCGACACGGAGGGAGACGAGCAGCAGAGAGGAAACGGAGACGGCCAUCUACGUUGAGAUCCUCUGACACUUCGCACAUCCAUAUGUUUAUAAUUUGAUUAAAGGACAACAUGUAACAUAAAGAGAAAUUAAAACAAUUCCGUUUUUAUUUUUUUAUUCAAAGACGACGCCACCUCUUGAUAUGAGUAAUCAUCAGGCCUUCAUGGUAGCAUCCUCCCCUUUGUGGUAUCAGAAAAACUCACUUUAUCUUAACAUUUCAACUGAUGAUGAUUUCUUAUUUCCCUUGACCAUUUGUUGUGGGGGUCGUCUGUCCCUCACAUGAACUUUUAUCCAUGUGGUCGUUGUGAGGUGUUGUGCAUUUCUGUAUACAUAAAAGAAAAACACUUAAAAGUC